AUGUGCGACCAACGCUGCUAUAUCGUCCCUCCCCAUCUCCUGCAAGCCAUUGCCGACUCGACUAGCAACCCUGACAAAGUUCGCGAGACUGCUAAAGCAUCACUUCUUGCUCGCGAAAAGGUCUCUGUAGCUCGCAAGGAGCUCUUCGCCACCCUCAGCCAGCCACGAGGAUACACCGGCCAGCAGCAGCGACACCAGAUCGUCCCCCCACAUGUUUUCAGAGACAUCUCCGACGCCCAGGUCAACGACGAGGGGACCCGUUCACGCGCAAAGGAUAAUCUUGAGCACACUGAAGGCGUCAUUGCUCAAUACAAGUCCUCCCAAGGUACUGAACAAGAGGCUCAGAGUCUCAGCGCGCAGGCCAAACCUCAAAAAGAAACACGCCGUGCCGUGUACGAUGCCCAGAAUACAUCUGAUGAGAGCAGCCUGCCAGGCAAACUCGUCCGAGACGAAGGCCAGAAAGCCGUCCAGGACAAGGCAGUCAACGAAGCCUUUGACAACGUCGGAGCAACCUUGAAAUUCUACAAGGAGAAAUUCCAGUGGAUUUCAAUCGACAAUCGGAAUGCUGACGUCGUUAGCUCAGUUCAUUUUGGCGAGGCAUACGAAAACGCAUUCUGGGACCCGUCUGUCCGUCAGAUGGUUUUCGGCGACGGCGGUGAUUUCCUCAACAAUUUCACUGCAUCAGUCGAUGUAAUCGGCCAUGAGCUCACGCACGCUAUUACCGAGCACACCAGCCCUCUCGACUACCAGGGUCAGCCCGGCGCCUUGAACGAGCAUAUCUCGGAUGUUUUUGGCAUCAUGGUCAAACAAAUGGUUCAAAAUGAAACGUCCGAUGCUGCCGACUGGCUUAUCGGCGAAGAUUGCCUCCUCCCUGGUGUCAAGGGCUUGGCUCUCCGCAGCAUGAAAGACCCCGGCACUGCCUAUGACGACCCUCGCUUCGGCAAAGAUCCCCAGGUUGCGAACAUGAAGGAUUUCAAGGAAAUGUACGAAGACAAUGGCGGCGUCCACAUUUAUUCUGGUAUCCCGAAUAAGGCAUUCCACUUGGUCGCCACUGCCUUUGGUGGCUACUCUUGGGAGAAAGCUGGCCAAAUCUGGUGGAAGACCAUGAAUUCUGGCAGAAUCCCAGCUAGAUGCACAUUUUUGCAAUUUGCGGACGUAACCGUCGAUAUGGCCGAAGCAGAUUUCAAGGCUGGCAAGAUUGUUCGAAAGGCAUGGGAAGACGUUGGAGUUCGCCGAGGUGACUAG